CGGGGCGGGGCGGGGCUUCGUGAGGCAAAGAGCCAGGCGCGCGCCCCGGCCCGGGGAGAGGCCGUGUGUCUGCGCCCCCAGAGCUCCGCUCAUCCAAGGGAGUUCGUCUGGGCUCCGAGGGGUGCGAGAGGCGGGUGAGUGCGGGGGUGACUCGGCGUUUCAGAGAUAGACCGACCUAACGAGGGCUCUGGUGCCAAAACACAUCUCUGGUCCCAAAAUGGUAUUUCCUGCUCAACCGCUUCUCUCUCCCAGCUGCUCCUGCCUUCGUGGUUCCUUUCCAGCGGUAGGCACACACUGAUGGUAGGGAGUCACAUCAGCACUCCUGUGGCUUCUUUGGAAUGCAGCCAACAAGGUUGAGUAGUAUCAAACGGAAAGUUGGGUGGAAGCAUGAUAAGCUGUUCUUAUCAGUGGACAUCCGUGUUUGACAUCUCAUUGCUUCUUGGCAUACGGUAAACAUGCACUCACUGAUGGACUUGGAAGAAGCACCUCUUCUAUAGCUGUUGGCCUUCAGAGAAAGGCUUACUUUUGAAAAUUUGAAUGCACAAGUCACUGAGUCUCUUCUCCAAGCAAUGAGAAGACUCUAGUAACAUUUCACAAUGGAGGCAAAAUCCAUCGUCGUUGGUGUGGAGGGGAUGACAUGCAAUUCCUGCGUUCAAAGCAUCGAACAGUGCGUUGGGAAGAUGAGCGGUGUCCACAGCAUUAAGGUAUCUCUAGAGGAUAAGAAUGCAGUCAUCAUUUAUGACUCAAAACUGCAGACUCCAGCAACAUUACAGGAAGCAAUAUAUGACAUGGGAUUUGAUGCCACAUUAGCUAAUUCAAACCCACAACCUGUUUUACCUGACACUAUUUUUCUUACAAUUCCUACUCAGUCAGCUCUAACAUCUAAACAGAUUUGUAGUACACUGCUAAAGAACAAAGGUAUUGUGGACGUUAAAUUGUCCUCUGAUCAAAAAACUGCAGUGGUGGCUUUCAUUUCUUCCAUUAUAAAGGACAAGCAGAUUAUACAACUGGUCCCAGGAGUAGAUUUAAAUAUCUCUGCACCAGAGGUAACACCUGGAACUUGUGAAGAUUCCAACUGGUCUCAAGCAAGCAGCGUUUUGCUGCGCCUGAAAGUAGAGGGGAUGACCUGUCAUUCCUGCACCAGCACCAUUGAAGGGAAGAUCGGCAAAUUGCAAGGAGUUCAGCGGAUUAAAGUGUCCCUGGACAAUCGGGAAGCCGCUGUUGUCUACCAGCCUCAUCUAAUUACAGCAGAAGAAAUCAAACAUCAAAUUGAAGCUGCAGGUUUCACAGCAUCUUUCAAAAAGCAACCUAGAUCCAUUAAGCUCGGUGCUAUUGACCUAGAAAGGUUGAGGAACGCUCAGACCAAAGACUCUGAGACAGCACAAACCCAAAAAUCAAGUGUGAAUGAUGUAAAGACAAUUGUCUUCAGAAUUGAUGGCAUGCACUGCAGCUCAUGUGUCCACAAUAUUCAGAGCACCAUAUCAACACUCCCAUCGGUAAUAAGUAUAGUUGUUUCCUUAGAGAAGAAAUCUGCUAUUGUAAACUAUAACCCAAACUUAAUUAGCAUAGAUGUGCUGAGAAAAUCCAUAGAGGCAGUGUCUCCAGAGACAUUUAAAGUCAGCCUUCCUGAUGAGUAUGAAAAUGUAGCACUUUUCCCCACCCUGGCGUCUCCACUGAAGUCUCUUCCAGCUUUGAAGGAUGCUGGCCAGCCGCUUACUCAAGUCGUUGUGAUAAAUAUUGAGGGAAUGACUUGCAACUCUUGUGUGCAGUCCAUUGAAGGAGUCAUAUCCCAAAAAGUAGGUGUAAAAUCUGUUCAUGUCUCUCUUUCAAGUCACAAGGGAACUAUAGAAUAUGACCCUCUGCAGACGUGCCCAGAAGAAUUACAGUCCUCAAUAGAGGAUAUGGGAUUCGAUGCAUCUUUACCAGCAAAAGCAGAACUACCUGUGGCAGUAGCUCAGCCUUCACCUGAAAUGCAGCUGGAACCUCAGAAAACUGACCUUCCUUCCAAAGUGUCACCAGCCCACCUUGCUGGCCAGGAGACAAAGACUAUAUCCAAGUGCUAUGUCCAAGUCACAGGAAUGACAUGUGCUUCAUGUGUAGCCAACAUUGAGAGAAAUUUGAGGAGAGAAGAUGGAAUACAUUCAAUACUUGUUGCCCUAAUGGCAGGAAAGGCAGAAGUGAGGUACAACCCUGCUGUCAUACACCCUGCAGCUAUUGCAGAGCUCAUCCGGGAACUGGGAUUUGGAGCCAGCGUGAUGGAAAACUGUGGCGAAGGAGAUGGAGUUCUGGAACUUGUUGUGAGAGGAAUGACGUGUGCUUCUUGUGUGCACAAGAUAGAAUCCACCCUCAUGAAGACUAAUGGUGUCUUGUACUGCUCAGUAGCUCUUGCAACCAACAAAGCACACAUUAAAUACGAUCCUGAGAUUGUAGGUCCUCGAGAUAUUAUACAAGUGAUAAAGGAUUUAGGUUUCACUACUUCAUUAGUCAAAAAGGAUAGAUCUGCUAGUCAUCUAGAUCACAAACAGGAAAUAAGGCAGUGGAAAAGGUCUUUUCUUGUGAGUCUCAUUUUCUGUGUCCCUGUCAUGGGGCUGAUGAUUUACAUGAUGGUUAUGGACAGUCGACUUGCAGAUGCUCACACACAUCACAACAUGAGCAGUGAGGAAAUGGAAGCCCUUCACUCCUCUAUGUUCCUGGAAUACCAGCUCCUACCAGGAUUGUCUGUUAUGAAUUUUCUGUCCUUUUUACUCUGUAUCCCUGUACAGAUGUUUGGAGGAUGGCACUUCUACAUACAGGCUUACAAAGCACUGAAGCACAAAACAGCAAAUAUGGAUGUGCUCAUUGUUUUGGCAACCUCCAUUGCGUUCGUCUACUCCUUUGUUAUUCUCCUAGUUGCAAUGGCUGAGAAAGCAAAAGUAAACCCUGUAACUUUCUUUGACACACCUCCUAUGCUGUUUGUGUUCAUCUCCUUGGGCCGGUGGCUAGAGCAUGUCGCAAAGGGUAAAACAUCAGAAGCACUGGCAAGACUAAUUUCAUUACAAGCUACUGAAGCUACUAUUGUUACCUUGGGCCCUGAUAACGUUCUUUUAAGUGAAGAGCAAGUUGAUGUGGAACUGGUUCAGCGAGGUGAUAUUGUCAAAGUGAUCCCAGGAGGGAAAUUCCCAGUGGAUGGUCGUGUUGUUGAAGGACACUCUAUGGUAGAUGAAUCUCUUAUCACAGGUGAAGCGAUGCCUGUGACUAAAAAGCCUGGCAAUACAGUUAUUGCAGGUUCUAUUAAUCAGAAUGGAUCACUACUGAUUUCAGCAACUCAUGUCGGAGCUGAUACAACCCUUUCCCAGAUUGUUAAACUUGUGGAGGAGGCCCAGACCUCAAAGGCUCCUAUCCAGCAAUUUGCAGACAAACUUAGCGGCUACUUCGUUCCUUGUAUUGUGGCUGUCUCUGUGGUUACCCUUUUUGCCUGGAUUAUAAUUGGUUUUGUGGAUUUUGAAAUAGUGGAGAAAUACUUUCUGGGUUACAACAAGAGCAUUUCCACAGCUGAAGUGAUAAUCCGCUUUGCUUUCCAAGCUUCUAUUACGGUCUUGUGCAUUGCCUGCCCCUGUUCUCUGGGAUUAGCCACCCCUACAGCUGUGAUGGUUGGUACUGGAGUAGGAGCUCAGAAUGGCAUACUGAUUAAAGGAGGAGAGCCUUUAGAGAUGGCGCAUAAGGUGAAGGUGGUUGUAUUUGACAAAACUGGGACUAUUACUCACGGGACCCCAGAAGUGAUGCAGGUGAAGUUUCUAGCGGAGAGUAACCAACUGCCACGUGAUAGAAUGCUGGCGAUAGUGGGGACUGCAGAAAGCAACAGUGAGCACCCUCUGGGAGUAGCAAUAACAAAAUACUGCAAAAAGGAACUGGAGUCAGAAAUCCUUGGGACAUGUACAGAUUUUCAGGUAGUUCCAGGCUGUGGCAUUAGUUGUAAAGUCACCAAUAUUGAAGCAUUACUCUACAGGAGAAAUAAAAUGGUUGAAGAGAAUAAUAUUAAAAAUGUGACGCUUGUGAAUUUUGAGGAAAACACAGACGAAUCGGUGCAGCCUGCUUUGAUUAUUGAUGCUGAACUACCAACUACGAUAACUUCUCAAAAAUACUCAGUUCUCAUUGGGAACCGGGAAUGGAUGACUAGGAAUGGCCUCCUGGUUAAAAAUGAAGUCGAUAAAGCCAUGAUGGAACAUGAGCGGAGGGGUCGCACAGCAGUUCUGGCAGCAGUUGAUGGAGUACUUUGUGGCUUGAUAGCUAUUGCUGAUACUGUGAAACCAGAAGCUGAGCUGGCAGUCUGCACUUUGAAGAGCAUGGGAUUAGAAGUUGUCCUAAUGACAGGUGACAACAGCAAAACAGCAAGAUCUAUUGCCUCUCAGGUUGGCAUCACCAAGGUGUUUGCAGAGGUUCUUCCCUCCCACAAAGUAGCCAAAGUGAAACAGUUACAAGAUGAAGGAAAGCGGGUGGCCAUGGUUGGAGAUGGAAUCAAUGACUCCCCAGCUCUGGCUAUGGCCAAUGUAGGAAUUGCUAUUGGCACGGGUACUGAUGUAGCCAUUGAGGCAGCUGAUGUCGUUCUUAUUAGGGAUGACUUGAUGGAUGUGGUGGCAAGUAUAGACUUAUCAAGGAAAACUGUGAAAAGGAUCCGGAUCAACUUUGUCUUUGCUCUAAUUUAUAACCUCAUUGGAGUUCCCAUAGCUGCUGGUGUCUUCCUGCCCAUUGGUUUGGUUUUGCAGCCCUGGAUGGGAUCUGCAGCAAUGGCUGCUUCCUCUGUUUCUGUUGUGCUUUCUUCUUUGCUGUUAAAGAUGUACCAGAAACCAAGUGCUGAGAAACUGGAGUUCCGGGCCCGCAGCCAGAUGAGGCACAAGAGCCCUUCAGAAAUCAGUGUCCAUGUUGGAAUUGAUGAGACUGGGACAAGCUCCCCUAAACUGAGCUUAAUGGAUCAAAUCAUCAACUACAGUAGAGCCUCUAUAAAUUCUCUCUUUUCAGACAAGCGUUCAGUGAACAGCUUAGUACUCAAUGAACCAGACAAGCACUCACUUUUGGUGGGAGAUUUUGGAGAUGAUGAUGACACAGCAUUAUGAAAGACUCAUUCCUCCUCUUCCCACGCCCCUGCUAAGCAAGAAGAAAACCUGAAACAAAAUGAAAAGACAGCUGUCUAGAAGCCUGUGCACAUACUGAUUGUUUCUGGAGGUCUUUUGGGAUGUAUUUCUUUUAGAAAGCUAGGCUUUGCAGUGACUUCCCAGGAUAUCCUUUGUUUUUUAAACUAAGCUUACCAAAAAACCAGUAUGGUGCAGGGGCUGUUGAUGCUUGCUGAGAGGGCUGUGUUACCAUUCCAUGGAACUUGCAGUAUAGCUUUUAUUUUUUUGGCAAAAUGUCAAAAGACAAUUAAGGAAACUAAGGAACAAGAAACUUCUUUCCCAGCCUUGUAACAGGCUACUUAAUACAGGAUAAAUGUUAGUGUUUAAAAUGUCAUAAAUUACUGCAUCUGCAAAAUAAUGAAGGUUCUGUGUUUGCAGAUAAUGUGCCUUACUCCUAAACUUUCAGGACUCCCCUUGUUUCCAUAGCCUGCCUUCUGCCAGAAAUGACUCCUGUCCAAUACUUUUUAUGCACACCUGGUGCCACCUUUUCACAGACCUGGCUUCAGAUCACCUUGGUGUUUGAUCCAGAGAGAAAACGGAGAGGUUUGGGGUUUGCUUUCUAACAUCAUACCUCUGUUUAACUCUAUACUUGCAUGCCCCAAUACACUCCUGCUACUAAGAUUGUCUGCUUGAAGGUUGAGUGGGUUGGGAGGUUUGUUCAUUCCCAACUUCUCCUAAGCCAAAAACUCCUGCAACAUCUGAAUAAGAUGUGACCCUGAUGUGGUAUUAGCUGAAAUUUUCAGCUUUUAAAUGACAGCAAUAUAGUUAGUGCCAAUAUCUACCAACACUCCUUAAAUGAACUGGAACAGGUUGGACCAGUGUCAUGCAGACUGCCUUUAAAAUCUUUACAGUUCAGUCUUUGCAGAUAUCUAAUACCAUCAAAGAAUUUAUUACGUGUCAGAUACUGCACUAACAUCAGUUGCUUGUGAAGAUAAGUGUCUGUAUACCAGGAAUAAUGGUCCAGAACCCAGAUCCAAACCUCCUUGGUUUGGGAUGUUCAGAUGCAGGCUUUGUGAAUUAAGACAGUCUUUAUUACUGAAAUGAGAUAUCAAGAUGCAGGUUUUGAUCAUGAAAUCAUGAAUAUUUUUAUAUUCUCAGUGAGAAAUGCAGGUGUUCAUCACCCAGGAGCUAACUACCUGUUUGUUACUUAAACCUUGUUCUUUACAUCCUCUGCCAAGAUGCCUAUCUGAAGCAAUUACUAGGUUCAAUAACGUUAAAUUACCUUAGGAAACACGUUCCAAGGUGUACACAUGUGAUUCAGAUUUGUGCUUGAGGAGAAGAGCUUAGUUUGGAGUAUGAUAAAGACAUCUCUGUGAUGUUUUAGUUUUUAACUUGAUGUCUGACGUCUGUGCAUAGAUUGUGUAUGUAACAAGUUGUAAGUAAUAGCUUUUGCAUAUUAUCACAGAACUACCAGAAGAUUUGUGCUAGAGGAUACGUUGUUAGUAAAUCAGUAUACUUAUGUGCAUUGAGGAGAGCAGCACAAUUUGUUGCUGCCACUAGUUUAAGAAACAAAGUAUUUCUCUUGCAGGAUUUAGGUUCUUAAUAUCUCUGCCUGAGAAAAGAUCAUUUUUGUUACGUUAGAUUAUAGACACAUGUGUGCAUUGUAGUGUUGAGAAAUCAUAGAAUGGUUUGCAUUGGAAGGAACCUUAAAGAUCAUCUCAUUCCAACCCUCCUGCUGUGGGCAGGGACACCGACCACUAGACCAAGUUGCUCCAAACCCCAUCCAGCCUGGCCAGGGACACUUCCAGGGAUGGGACACUCACAGCCUCUCUGGGCAGCCUGUUGCCAUUGCUUCACCACACUCACAAGGAAGAACUUCUUCCAAACGUCAUCUAAAUCUGCCCUCUUUUAGUUUAGGCCAUCUCCUUGUGUCCUGUCACCACAUGCCUUUGCAAAAACUCAUUCCCCAUCUUUCCUGUAGGCCCCUUUAGGUGCUGGAAGGCAGCUGUAACUUCUCCCCAGAGCUUUCUCCAGCUGAACCACCCCAACUCUCUUGGCCUGUCUGCAUAGGAGAGGUGCUUCAGCUCUCUGAUCAUCUUUGUGACCCUCCUCUGGACUCACUCCAGCAGCUCCAUGUCCUUCUUUGUUGAGGGUCUCAGAUCUGGAUGCAGAACUCCAGGUGGGGCCUCAGCAGAGUAGAGAGGGAGAAUCCCCUCCCUCAGCCCACUCUGAUGCUGUCAUGCUGUUUGUGGUGCAGCCCAGGAUGUGGUUGGCUGCUUGGGCUGGGAGCUCACAUUGCUGAGUCAUACUGAGAUACCUCUGCAAAGCCACUCCAUAAGAUCUUAGUUUUCAGCAACAAAGCUGUUUCUUUACAGAGCAGUUGCCUAAAAACUUUGAUCUUAUUAUGAUGGAGUUCUUUAAUGCUUCACAACCAUGCAAAUUGUUUCCAAAGAUUCCAAUUUUUUGUCUGCACUUAUUCUUGGUGAUGUUCUUGGCAAGAUUUUGCCAGAGGAAAGAGAAGUAUUCUGCAUAUUUUUAUGUGGCUUGUGCUAAUGGGUGAUCUCAAUCAAGCAGUGAAGAAACCAGGCCGAUCCUAGCUUUCAGAUGGGAGUUUUGCUAUUGCAGGUGCUGGUUAUGGUAUAUGGUACAUAAAUGACAGACAUCAUGUUGUUACUGCAGGAAAUAGAGUGAUAAUUUGGGGUUAAAUUCCUGGUUGGUAGAUACAGCAGCAUGAAGAGUUUAAAUUAUUUCCAAAUAUAUAUGUUUAAAGCACUUUGGCUUCAACUUUGUGUUGUCCGAAGUGCACAUAGGUUGAAUGUUUCCUGUGGAAUGCUGGUUCUAUUACCAACUUUUUCCAAAUACAGACGUUUUUUCUAGGCUUUCCUAUUUUCUGUGGAGCCCAGCAUUUGAUCCAGUUACAGCAAACUAAGGCUGCUUCUCAAAACCAGGAUACAUGGUGAGGUGCAGAGAUGAUUAUCAGGGAACAAGGAACAGCAAAAUGCUGGCUGAGUGGGAGUGGGAUAGCAGCUUCUAAGUGCAGAGGGUGAAGCUCUAGAGAGAGGAAAUAACUAUGCUAAAGACCAGUAUUAGCCCAAGAAUGAAAGGGUAUAAGGUGGUUGUGAUAAAUCUAGGCUCAAUCUGAGAUUUAGCUUUUAACUGUAACAGCUAUUAGGUUCCAUGGCAGCUCCUGUUAGAGCUGCUGUGGGUGGAAAGCAAAUCGCUCUUGUGUGUCUGAGGGAGGCUUGGAUGAAGUGGUGCCUGCAAAAGCAGUGGCCAGGACUUAGUGACCAGGGAGUCACUUUGAAUCCAGUUUUUCUCUUUAGGAAAAUCUGUCUGGACUUGUCUUUUGAACUUGUUGAGUACACAGGGUAUUGAGGCAAUGGAUGGCCGAUUAAGAAAUCCAGAGUCCAGAUCUCUGAAAGCAGGUUGUCUUGUCCAGCACCUCCCCUAUGGAUUGUGAUAUGGACUCACAGAAUGCUUGUGGUUUAAAAUAUUGUACAAGGUGCUUUAUGUUGAAGAACCAAAAUAUUUUUUCAGUUUGAAUGUACAGUGCAAGUGAAAUAAUGUGGGAGCUAAAUAUUUUCCCAAAUGUGAAUGUUUUGCUAUGUAAAUAAGUUAUUCCUGUUGGAGACAGAUGGGAUUCAGAGAUUUAAAGUAUCUCUUGGAAACACAGUUACAAAUGCAAUUGUAUUCAUGGUUUGUCUUGUUUUAGUGUUUUCUGUAACUAGCUAUUUAUGAAACCUCUGCUCUAUUUAAGUAAAAGAAAUACCUGUGCUCAAGGCUUUAAAAAUUGCUCUGUGAAUCUUACCAAUAAACUUCUAAAAGAGUAGACUCUUGAAAUUGUAUACAAAAGAGAAUGUGAAGCUGACAAAACACGACAGAAGCAGUUGGUGUUAUUUAUUCAGAACUAUCUUUGGGGUUUUUUGCAUAGGACCUCCAACAAUGUUUAAAACUGGAGGGUUUUUUAAAAGUCAGUUUUGGUAUGAGGACUAGAGAACUGAAUGCCAUUGUGGAAUGUUAACUCAGUGCUGUUCUAUUUCUCUGCAUCUAGAAACAGGUACUCUCACACUUCUUAUUCUUUUAAGGCUGUGUCUCCAUCAUUAUAAUGGCAAUCAUAAGUAACAUUAAUAAAAGUGUAACAUCCAAA